UUUUGUAGCUCUUUCGCCUCCGAGUAUGCGUGCGCGCGGCGUCUCCGCCUGCCUAGGCCACCGUCCUGGUCUCGCGUCCCCCUGGCCCGUGAGCCUACCGGAGCGGCUCGUCCCCUCCGCAUUGCCUCAGUUUCCCCAGUCGCGCCGUCCCGGUUCCUGGGGACCUCGCCCACAGCUCCUCCCCUGUCUGUGGUUCCCGGCGCCCAGCGCGCCCCCGCAACAGUUCCGCAUGUGUGCAUGUCCCUGCGCGGGGAGGGGCCAAGGACGGCCGCGCCCCCGCGCGCCCCCGCGCUUCCCUGCACUCGGGCCUAGGCCGCUCCUCCGUGGGCCACCCGGGGCCGCUCGUCGCCCGCCGCGCGCCGGAGGUGGCGUCCUCGGGGACUCCACGCAGCCGUCCUGGCUAGCCCAGGACGCCGCCAGCCCGAGUGGUUCCCGGGAGCCUCCGAGGGACGGCCGCUGCAGCCCCUUUUGGAGUAUCCCAGCUCCUUUGCCUGAGUGUUGGAAUCUUCUCCAAGGGAUGCAGUCUGUGGGAGCGCUGCUAGCCAGCAGAGCCAUGCUUCACAACGCCAGCCACAGCGAAGAUAAGACCUGGAGGAUGCAGGACAGGGACAGGGAAGAGGUAUGGGGAGGGGGAGCCCUGGCCCCCAAUACCUCCUCCCCAUUCCUCCCUGAGCCUCCAGGGGCCUCAGGCAGCAUUAUCCCUGUCUACUGUGCCCUCCUGGCCACCGUGGUCCUCGGUCUACUCGCCUAUGUGGCCUUCAAGUGCUGGCGCUCACGUAAACAAAGACAGCAGUUGGCCAAAGCUCGGACCGCAGAGCUGGGGACCUUCGACAGGGACCAGAGGCACGGAGACAGCGUUGUCUUCCUGGACAAUCCUAGUGCUCGGGAGCCCUCCGUCCCCAGCCAGGGGCCACAUCCUGAACUUGGCUGCCGGCUCUACCUUCACCUCCCUCAGCAGCAGCAGGAGGAAGUGGAGCGGCUCCUGGAAGCACCAGGCGAACCUGACAAGGGCUGGCAGGGCCUGGCAGGCCGCCUGGGCUACCAGACUGAUGCUGUGGAGGUCAUGGCCCGGGGCCAGGGGCCCGCCUGCACCCUGCUGAGGGACUGGGCUGUCAAAGGCGGCAGUGGUGCCACCCUUGGGGUCCUAGAGGAUGCCCUGACUGCCAUGGGCCGCGAAGACGUGGUCCAGGUCCUGCGCCCCCCGGCUGAGGGCUGCUCUGUGGUGUGAGCAGUGCCGCCACAGCCUGGCCUCUCAGGGGAUCUGCUCUGGUGCUUUUCCUUUCCUGGGCUUCCUGGCACUGGUGGCCUCAGCCUGCCUUGCUCUGGGGGGGACCCAGAAGGUCCAGUUGCCACUCAGCUCCCGUUGCUCUGCCUUCCUCCAGGACGGGGACCAGGCUGUGGGGGGUAGUUAGCAGUGAGGAGUGGUCCUGCCCUCCUCCCUCAUUUAGCCUCAACUGUUUUUUUUCUAUUUUUGUAUCUCAUAUUAAAGGCAACUUUGGACGCCUGUGCCA